AUGUAUGAUACUCUCACUCAAGAAGCAGUAGCUUCUUUGCUUUUGCAGUUUGAGAGUCGCCGUAAAUCUUUGAGAUGUCCUCAUUGCGAGAAGAUGGGCCAAUUUCGUCGUAAUGGAUCCAUUAAAACCGAUCCGCCCAUGCCCAUAUUUCGUUGUCAUAGAUGUGGAAAGACCUUUAAGGCUCGAACCAUGACGUACAUUGUUCAGUCUUUAGUUUCUCCUAACAGUCUUCCUACCCAAAACAGUAACACAAACGACCAGGCGUACGAUAUGCAGACCUUACUGGACAUGAUUAAACGCCUCUCAACCGAACUUGCAGCAGCCCGUGCAAAGAUAGCCAACUUACGUCAACAGAUGACCCAAAUACAUGAACAAACGACACAGCAAUCUACGAAUAUGAACCAACCCAACCAUCACGAAAACGACAACCAUCUCAGCUCUGAAGAUUUUCCUGCACUACCCUCCCAAACACCUCCAUGGCAUAACCCUCAGCAAUCAAGGAUUUCAAUACGUAUACUACAGACACAGUUCCUCUUUCGUUCCUUAUAUUUGCCAGAAGAUGCACUGCUUGCUUGUCCGUUACCCUAUAUCCGCAAUACCAGAGGAAGCCAGUGGUACGCUCUCUCUUGUACAUCGCUUUGGAAAACGGUGCUGUCUACUACUGAAGAACCCAACACUCGCUCACUCAAGGCUGCUAAAUGGCACUUUUUGCAACAGAAUCUAGAGACCCGCCAACAAUGCCAAAACUUCAAACUGCUUUCUAGCUGCCAGCGCAGUUGCUGUAUACGCUGGAGAUUAGGCUGGCUUCCUGGUGGCAAACCUCGACCAUGUCCUAAGCGCCCAACGCAACAGCUAUCUAAGAAUCACGUUAUUAGUUGCCUUGAUAUGCAUCGACGCCUGUUCAUGUCUGAAACUAUACGAGAUCCAUUGUCAUUCCUUCUGAAUAUGCUUCCUUUACGCCCUUCGGCUCCCCCAAACCUAGUUAUUAUAUCAGCGCUCAUCUACUUUGAAAUAAGACUCAUCACUUCUUUGCUUUUAUUCUACCAUUACCGAGUACUAACAACAACAACAACCAAUACCUCAGCCACUAAACUAUUGGAUGGUAUUGGCACGACAACGUUGGAUCAUAUCCAUCGGAUUCUGAUUGAAUCAUCCGGCUUGGAGGAUGGUAUCCACAUGGAAGAAGACACUCUAAAGUUGCUUGAAUAUACCUCUAUUUGCCUCCAAGAAGAAAAAUCUCGAUAUCAGCAAGCUUCGUACAACACGUUUGCAAAACAAAAGCUUUUUGGUUUGCAAUUUGUGGACUAUAAACUUACGCUGCUUUCUAUCUUUGUUGUGGCAGGCAAUCGGUGGGCGUGUGUUUGGGAACGCUCAACCCUGAUCCCGCACCGUUGGUCGGAAAGAAAGUAUUGGUUUCAAGUUUUCGAAUUGUUGUUCACAUUAAAGGACAUGAACAAGGAACAGAAUAUUGUCACAGAACAACUUAUCGACGAGCACACUGGAGCCAUCACUGCACCCAGUGAGGACAUGUUGCGAGCAGAUGCAAAUAAAACCCUUAAAUCAAACUUCAUUUGUUGCCGAUGAUCCAUUUUAGUCUUUCUUUGUUUCA